ACCAGCGUUUCCCAGUCUGGAAUCUGAAGUCGCGGUCCCCUCCACUCACGCGUUUUUUCCAGAGGUGUCAUCGCACCUGGACAAGAGCCCGCGAGACUCUGCUCCGGGUGAGGGAGCGCACUAAGGCCAAGGCCGAUCGCCACCGGUCAAAGCCUCCCGUCUACGUCAUGGGUCAAAAAGUGUGGCUUUCUACCAGUAACAUUCCUCUGCAAUCCAUUUCUAAUAAAUCAGCUCCCAAAUUCACCAAAAUCAUUAGUCCGGUGACAGUCCGCCUCAAACUACCUCCUGCCUACAUGAGGAUACACCCCGCCUUUCAUGUGUCCAAAAUUAAAACCGUGUUUUAUGCAUGUAUUAAUCCACCUACUCCAUCUACUCUCGUAGAUGGGGAACCGACAUAUUCGUUUAAUCGCAUUCUGGACUCUAGAUGGAGGGGACGAGGAUUCCAGUAUCUGGUGGACUGGAAAGGUUACGGUCCGGAGGAGAGGAGUUGGGUACCUGCUAGGGACAUAUUGGAUCACCUUAUUGGAUACCUAAUUGAUGACUACAAUCAGCAGUUUCUGUGCCACUCUCUCCUGCUGCCUACACGCCAACAUCAUCCGGAUUACUCACCUUCUCUCUGCCAUCAGCUGAAUUCCUCACCUCUUCACCAUCACCACGGAUUAUCGUUGUCUCAUCGUCCUUGUUUGUUUGUGUACUCAGAUUCAUAUCUUCCCAUUAAACUUGUUAACUUGCAUUUGCUUCCAGACUGUCCUUUCACCUACCAUCACAGAUAUCAGCACAAUAACACACUCAACAAAAUAUCAUCUACUUAUCGUUGUAUAAAAUAAAAUCCCAGAAAAUAUUGAGAUAAAUAUGUAAUAUUUCACACCACUAAUAUAUUUAACUUUUUGUUUAGAAAAUAAUUUAAAUAAAUAUAAGAAGUGCCCUCUUUUCUACUUGAGCCCCUGCCCCUCAAAAUGUCUGUGCAUGUCCCUGUUCUAGGUUUUUGUCCAUGGAGUGGACAUGGAAAAGCAAUAUCGUCAGAAGAGCCAGUGUGGUGGGCUUAGACUUUAGACUCAGAAAUAUCUACACCUAACACAUUUUCCCUUCUUUUGACUUCUUGUUUUCUCUUUUUUCCAUGUUGGAAAUUGGUUGUUAGACAUUGUUUUGGCUACUUUGUUUAAAGUUACUUCUAUACAAUAUGCAUUUUUCAUGUUAUAUUGUUGUGGAGACAUACAGUUUUGGAUCCUUCAUGUAUUUCUUGAAGAAAUUGUUUACAUGUGAUCACAACUUGAUAUUUUGUCAUGUAUAUUCCAACAUUUUU